AUCAAACACAACACAACAAAAUAAAAUCACUUUUCUACGUUUUACGUUCAUUGUAUGUUGUGUUUUGGCACAGAAACAAUGACUUGUUAGUGCAUAUUCGCAUAUAGUGAACAUUAUGUGCUUAGAUAUUUCUCGGAAGUGAUUUAGAGCUAGGACCAUAAUGUAGCGCGUAAUCAAGUUCCACAUAAGAGUAUUCCAAAAUUAUAGUAUUGAUCUUUUGUCUUUAACUUCAACAGUGUAUUAUUAAGGAUUUAAAAAUGUCUGUGGUUAAAGGAAAGGCAUUAGUGAAAAUGGAUGUUAUCCAAGUUGGUGAAUAUGAAUUUACAAAACAAGAUAUUAUCGGUCAUGGAGCGUUUGCUAUGGUGUACAAAGGAAGGAAGAGAAAGAACCCAUCACAGUCAGUGGCCGUGAAAGUCGUCACAAAGAAAGGCAUACAGAAAGCAUCAGAGAUCCUGGUGAAGGAAAUCAAAAUUCUUCGCGAGCUGACGGCCCUCCAUCACACGAACCUUGUCGCCAUGCACGACUGUAUGGACAGCACGGCUUAUGUUUAUGUAGUUAUGGAGUAUUGUAAUGGCGGCGACUUGGCAGACUAUCUACAAACAAAUAGGCUUCUCAGCGAGGCCACAAUACGCACCUUCCUUCGGCAACUUGCUGAGGCCAUGCGCGCUAUUCACGCCAAAGGGAUUGUCCAUCGUGAUCUGAAGCCACAGAAUAUUCUACUGACACACAAUGUCGCCCCACCUCGCACACCGCACCCGGAAGAAAUAACCCUCAAAAUUGCUGAUUUUGGAUUUGCUCGAUUCUUAGAAGAAGGAAACAUGGCUGUCACACUUUGCGGAUCUCCUAUGUAUAUGGCGCCCGAAGUUAUAAUGUCCCUAAAAUAUGACGCAAAAGCAGACCUCUGGAGCCUGGGCACGAUCGUGUAUCAAUGCUUAACUGGCAAGGCUCCUUUCCAAGCGACCACGCCACACGAACUUAAGGCUUUCUACGAAAACAGCGUCGAUUUACAGCCCAAGAUGCCAGCCGGAACAAGUCCCGAGCUUUGCAAUUUACUUAUCGGCUUACUGAGACGUAAUGCUCGAGAACGGAUGCCUUUUGAGGUGUUCUUCAACCAUCCAUUCUUACAAAGACCCAGAACAACUUCUAUAACAAGUUUGGACUCGGAUCUGCCUGAUAUAUUGGAGAGCGAUACUGAAGGCCGUCCCGAUACUAACUGUAUCCUAGAGGAGUCUUGGGAGAGCCAGGGGACGGGCUCGAGCGCGGCGGGGGCGGGCGCGCGCGCGCCGCUGUCGCAGCCGCCGCCGCAGCCGCAUCCGCAGCCGAUGCCCACGCCGCAGCCGACGAGGAAGUCGCAGCCUACGUCCUCAGCCGAUUCAUCCGAAGUCGUAUGGGCGGGCGCGGAAGACUUCGUAGUGGUGGAGGCGGACAGCGGCUCCGGCGAGUAUUCCGGCGGCUCGUCGUCCUCCGAGGCGGCGUCCCGGCCGCGCUCGCUGGCCCUCGCCGCGCAUGCGCGCAACACGCCGCACUCGCCGUCACCGCACUCGCCCAACUCGCCGCACUCGCCCCACUCGCCCCACUCGCCCGCGCCGCACGCGCCCUCCCUGGAACACGCUAAUGUGCAGAUGAGGAAUCCAUUGACGGCAGGUUCCAAUGUACCACGAUCACAGCCAAUAGACGUCCUUCGAUCAAACCACAACCGAAAUGCGACCAACAUCGGAUCUCUCUCGCCGCCUACUGUGCCGUUCACAAUGGGGACUCCCCCGUCGACGCGUCGACGCAGUGCCUCCGGGAGCUCCCCGCCGCCCUCGUUGUGGCAGGUCUCGCCAACCAACGCGAGCCCGCACGUGUUGAUGGGUGUCCGUCUGAAAGGCUCCUCGCCACCAGUGCCGCUGGCGCUGAAGGCGAGCGGCUCGUGCUCGCCGAAGCGCGGCGCGCUGCCGGACGCGCUGCUGCGCGCGCUCAAGCUGCCCGCGCACGACCCGCCCGUCUACAUACCCAACCUGCAGGAGGAGACCAUACUGGCCGAGGAGCACAGCAAAGUGUUCUCUCAGCUGAACUUCGUGCUGAUGCUGGCGGAACUGCUGUCCGACCUCGCGGUGUCGUGCGGCGCGCCCAUCGCCGCUCUCAUGGACGCUUCUGAUGAGCGCUGCAACGAGAGCGUGCGGCUCGGCCUGCUGGUGCAGGCGAUGCAGGCGCUGGCGGCCGGCCUGCGCCUCGCCGCCGACUGCUACCGCGAGCGCACGCUGCAGCCCACGCCGCAAGUUCGCAGCGUGGUGUCACUUAUGAAUGGCAAGUACAAGUGGAUAGUAAACGAAUCGCGACGACUACACGAAACGGGAGUGACUCCGGCGGUCUGUGAUAAAAUACUUUACGAACAUGCUAUUGAACUGUGCCAGAUGGCAGCUAUCGAGGAGCUGUUCGGCGACGUGAAGGAGUGCGAGCGGCGCUACAUGUCGGCGCAGGUGCUGCUGCACUCGCUCGUGCAGCGCCAGCCGCUGCACCCGCACCACCGCACCACGCUCUCCAAGUAUCGGGAUGCAGUACAGAGGCGGCUCAAUUGCCUCAAAGGGCCGCGCAAGAUAAUGGACGUAAAACUAGAGGCUGGGAUCUCAUAAUGCAAUAAGCUAUCAACAUGUAGAGUUAAGUACACUAUACAAGAUGAGAAGUGAUUUUAUUUUGUCUUUAUAAAUGACUUGAAGUGAUAAAAAAAUAUUUAAAAAUGUGUAAAAAUAAAAAAGUGAAUGACUUCAACAAAAUCAUAUAAACACAAAUGUUGUAGUAAAGAAGAUUACCAGAGAUUGCAAUAGUAAGUUAUAUAUUUUUUUAACAGUAUGUAGGUUUUCUUUUAAGUAGGGACUGUAGAUCUCUAGAACAUCUUAGUGCAAAUGAAUAGUACAGCUUAAACUUUCAUAGAUAAGUAGAUAAAUAUGUAGAUGUGUCAUUAUAAUAAUAAUGGUUGUACUUUCAUAUUAUGGUUUGUAACUUUAGUACAAGAAAUUUACGACAUGUCCAGUCAGCUCCGCUUACAUAUACAGAAUGCUGUUACAAGAUGAUUUAUAUAAUUUUUAGAAAUUGA